ACCCCGCAGUGCGAGAUGUGCGACAACCUCGCUUUGUGGUGUCCUCAGUGCACAACACCAGAGCAGCGGGCGGCGGGCCUGUGUAAAACACAUUGGGAUUCCUCCGAGUGCGCAUUCUGUUACAGGACCGAGGACUCCGCCACCAAGGAACCGCUGCAGGUGUCCAUGAUCGAAUGCGGAACAGAGAGCUGCGCCAAAGUCGUGAGGAGCUGCUCUGUGUGCUCGUCGCAUUUCAAGAAGAGCGCGGCGCUGUGCGACGUGCGCUGGAAGGCAGCUGGCUCCAAGUGCAUCGGAUGCUGUGUCAAACCAGCCCAGACCUCCAGGGUAUAUCAGCACUUUUGCCGGAAAUGCUUCGGGGGGGAGAGGCUGGCAGACCUCGUCCGUGACGAGAGCAGGAAGUUCCUCGCCGACGAGCCGCGACCGCAGAGGCUCGACGACGACGUCGCCCGAUCCGCACCCGCUUUGCAGGUACUCCUCGCUCUGGCAAAGCCCGAGCCCGGGUCCUUGCCGAAGUACGCGGAGACGCCCGAGUACCUGGACCCGAACCAUUGCCGCUUCUGCAAACAACCGUGGGGUGGCUCCGACGACGACGACAAGCGACGGCAUCUGCUCGAGGAGUGCAGGCUUGAUCUCCAUCAACGAGACGGCGAAGACAUUCUCCAGACGUACCGGAGGUCAGUGCUCGAACGGGCGCGCGCAGAGGGCCUGGACGCGGUCAGUCCGCAGGUGGGCAGGUUUUGUGUGGCGCAGUACAAGAAUGCGCAGACGGACGAACGCUGCGUCCAUGAUGCCUGUGCCGUCUGCUGUCGAAAGACGCCCAAGUGCGACUUGAAUCGAGUUCACAUCCCAUCGUCGAGCAGCGACAAGUGCCCGGAGUGGUUAUCGUGGUCCGAAGAGUUUUGGAAUGAGAACAAGGAGGCGUGGUACGAGCAGGUCGACAAGCUCCUCAGCAUUGAACAGUACUUGAAAAAGUUUUUCAAGGUGUCUGAGCGAGCCCAGGAAGCGCGAGAGAGCCCGCACGAGCUCGGGUUCACGAAGGUGGAGGACGCAAAGAACUGGGUCGACCGCGUGCGCCGUUGGGAAGACAAUCUGAGGAGAGACAUGCGGGAGCACUCCGUUGUCUCUCCAGGUGAUCCGAAUCAUCGGUGGGCAUUGUACAAGUCCGCAGUAUGCACGGAUGCGCCCGAGGGCAGCGGCGGAGAUCUUCGCGUGAGCAUGUGCAAGGAGUGCGCCGAAGCAUUGUCGAACACGCACACAGACAGCCGCGGGCGGUGCCGCCCGCGCGUACGCAUGCCCCGCGAGGCUCUCGCGAAUGGCAUGUGGCGUGGUCCUGACCCGGAAGAGCUGACGAACUUAACGUACACCGAGUGCAAGGUGAUCAACCUGGCGAGGGUGUACGUCAGCGUGAAGCGCGUGUUGAUGGACAGGGCGUCUUUCGCCAGGACGAGUGCCGACGAGGCGCCGCGCUAUCACCAGAAGAACGUUGUUGCGUACCCGCAGAGCCCCGACGCGGCUCUGACUGCCAUCGGUCUGUCGCCGAUGGCCCUGGCGCACACUCUGAUCGUCCAGUUCGUGGGAAGCCGCGCUGACGGUAUCUGGCAUCAUCCUGACUUGCAAGUUUCCGUGGCGCGACUUCGAGCAGCAUUUCGUUGGUUGUGCUCCAACAGCUGGAACCACAUGGAAGCCACGCGACACCAUGCCGCAUGCGCGGAUUCUGGCUUACUCCGCGAGUCGAUCGAGGAGUUGCUGGACGCGUGCGCGACGAGCGUUGGUGGAUCCUCGGGCGUUCCGCGCGAGCUCGUCGACUCGGCGACGUCGAUCAGCGGCUCAAGAGCUUCGGUGCAGUCUAAAGGACCAGCUGACUGCACGGAAGAAGGUGAACGCGACACGGAGGAGAACGGGCCCGAGGAGGCGGAAAACGCCGCCGUCGUUAACGGCGGCUUAGCAGACGUCGACUCCCUCCAGCUGUGGACACAGGUCAUCAAAAACUUCAAGGCGGCACAGCGGUUUAAAGAGGAAUUGGCAGCUCUAGACCCCGCCGACUUAUCUGCUCGCGCCGAGAAGAAGAGAAUGCACGGUGUGAGCAUGGCCCAGGCCAUCGAAGACCUGGAGAAGCUGUCGAAUGAGAAGAUGCGAAAACGUUUGGAAGAGUGGGCGCGGUCGGAGACCGACGACAGGGCGCCCUUGAAGAUCACGCACGAGACCACGUUCUUGUCUGCUCGCACGCCGAACUUUUGGGCGCCCUGCUUCGUUCGGCUGCCUCCUCGGGGAGACUGCCAGGAAACAUGCCCAGAACGUAAAGCGGGGGAUAGUACCGUAUCGCUCUUGUCUUCCAAUAAGUGGAUCCAGUGCUUACUUAAACGAGCAGAUUGUGAUUACUGGCGGAAGGACCUGGAGUUCGUCGCAUCCGUGGUCAACAUCUUUAUGCGUCGAGAUCAAAUGAGCAAGGUGGAAGCGUGCAUGAGGGAGACGCCCGGCGGCGGCUUCAUGGGCAUAACUCCCGAUGAGAUGCAAAGGGUGAACGAGAUCACAGCGGAAGGUUUGGUUGCCGCCGCGAUCGCGAUGGGAGGUGAUGCGAAGGGCAUGAGCGAUCUUCUGAGGAAUAAAAAGUUGACCCAACCAGUCCGCACAGCCGCUGAAAAAAUGCAGGCCGUGCCCCGGAAAGUGCGUGGAUCUGCCGAAGAGCGGGACUCGUACAGGUGGAAUUUCCGAGCUCUUCAGAUAAACUCGGGCUGCUCGACUUUGUUCUUUGCGCUGAAUCCCCACGACAUUCGCAGUCCGCUAACGGUGCUGCUGGUGCAGGACGGCACGGAGAUGCAGAGGCGAUUCUCCCUGGACAUGAGCGACGAGGAGGCGGAAGACUGGAUGAAAGAAUUUCAAGCAGAGCACCCUCGUCUUCUCCACCGCCGCGUGGCGCAAGACCCUUACUAUGCCCAACAUGUUUUCCACUCGACCGUCAAAGACGUGUUGCGCUAUAUAUUCAACUGCGCCGAUGGACCUUCGAACCUGCCUCCGGAUGGCAUCGCGGCGAGCGAGGUGCCGGGUGCAUUCGGGCACGUACGCUCCUAUCUCGGGGUUGUUGAGGAACAGAUGCGGAAGGCGCUGCACAUACACAUGCUCGCGCAGAUUCUUGGCUUCUCGCAUCCCGACGAUAUCUUCAAGAAGAACUCUUUCCUC